GGGUUCAUGUAAUCAAAGAAGUUUCUUUGUUGUGUGUAUCUUUACAGAACACAACAGGAAUUCAAAAUGAAUCAGAACGUUCCUGAGCCUGUGGCAGCCACCGAGACCCUGGCUGAGGUGCCUGAACAUGUGCUGCGAGGACUUCCAGAAGAAGUGAGGCUUUUCCCGUCUGCCGUUGACAAGAGCCGAAUCGGUGUCUGGGCCACUAAACCGAUUUUAAAAGGCAAAAAAUUUGGGCCGUUCGUUGGUGAUAAGAAAAAAAGAUCUCAGGUUAAGAAUAAUGUAUACAUGUGGGAGGUGUAUUACCCGACUUUGGGAUGGAUGUGCAUCGACGCCACUGAUCCCGAGAAGGGGAACUGGCUGCGCUAUGUGAACUGGGCUUGCUCAGGAGAAGAGCAAAACUUAUUUCCCUUGGAAAUCAACAGAGCCAUUUACUAUAAAACAUUAAAGCCAAUCGCGCCGGGCGAGGAGCUCCUGGUCUGGUACAAUGGGGAAGACAACCCCGAGAUAGCAGCUGCGAUUGAGGAAGAGCGAGCCAGCGCCCGGAACAAGCGGAGCUCGCCCAAGAGCCGGAAAGGGAAGAAAAAAUCCCAGGAAAAUAAAAACAAAGGAAACAAACCCCAAGACGUACAGCCGAAGACAAGUGAGCCAGAUUUUACCCCAGCAAAUAUGAGAGAUUCUGCAGAAGGCCCUAAAGAAGAGGAAGAGAGGUCUUUGGCUGAAGCACCUGAACAGCCACCCGCCCCACAGGAGGUGGUCAGCCAGGACAUGCUUCCAGAGCUGCAGAUUCCUCCCCCUGCCUGUGAGCCCCAACCAGAGCCAGAAGCAAAACAAGCCACAGACUGCGAGGCGAAUGACCUGGAGGAAGAGGAGGAGGAGGAAGAAGAAGAGGAAGAAGAAGAUGAACUGGAAGAAGGGGAGGAAGAAGCCGACGUGCCCAGUGAAAGUUCUGUGAAAGAGCCAGAGAUACAUUGCGAUGAGAAGCCAGAGGAUUUAUUCGAAGAAACAAAAAGUAUUUCAAAUGAAGCUCCUGAAGACUCUUCCGAAGUGACUCCACUUAUCAGAAUCCCUGAAGCCAAGGAGGAGGUCAAUGGUGAUGUAUUUGAAACGUUCAUGUUUCCAUGUCAGCAUUGCGAAAGGAAGUUUACCACCAAGCAGGGGCUGGAGCGCCACAUGCAUAUCCACAUGUCUACAAUCAACCAUGCUUUCAAGUGCAAGUACUGUGGGAAGGCGUUCGGCACUCAGAUUAACCGGAGACGGCAUGAGCGCCGCCACGAAGCAGGUCUAAAGCGAAAAGCCAGUGUAGUGGUGCAGCCAUCCGAGGACCUAGCUGACAGCAAGGCUGCUGGAGAAAAUGCUGCUGCUCAUGAUGAGCCGACCCCACCUCCCCAUCUUGGACAAGACUGCCUGACCUCACACUCGGAGAAAGUGUCCCAAGAAGUGGCAGCUCCUUCUGUCGUGGAGGAGAACGGGGGAGUGAAGGAAUUUCAUCCAUGCAAAUACUGUAAGAAGGUGUUUGGCACUCACACGAACAUGAGACGACAUCAGCGCAGAGUUCACGAACGCCACCUGAUUCCCAAAGGCGUCCGGCGGAAAGGUGGCCUCCUCGAUGAGCCACAGCCCCCUGCGGAGCAGGCCCAGCCUGCCCCCAGUGUCUACGUACCAAGCACGGAGCCAGAGGAGGAGGGGGAUGCAGAUGAUGUCUACAUCAUGGACAUUUCUAGCAACAUCUCGGAAAACUUAAAUUACUACAUUGAUGGCAAAAUUCAGACCAACAACAGCACUAGUAACUGUGAUGUGAUUGAGAUGGAGGCUAAUUCUGCAGACUUAUACGGCAUAAAUUGUCUGCUUACUCCGGUCACAGUAGAAAUUACUCAGAAUGUAAAGACCACACUGGUCCCUGUAACAGAUGAGCUUGCUAAAGAGCCUGCAAGCAGCACAAACUGUGAGGCCAAGAAACGGAGAACUGCAAGCCCACCUGUGCUGCCCCAAGUUAAAGCCGAGACAGACUCUGACCCCGCUGCCCCGUCGUGUUCCUUGACCCUGCCUCUCAGCAUAUCCACAACAGAGGCUGUGUCUUUCCACAGAGAGAAGAGUGUUUAUUUGUCCUCAAAGCUCAAACAGCUCCUUCAAACCCAGGAUAAGCUGGCUCCUCCUGCAGGGAUUUCGGCAUCUGAAGUCUCUAAGUUGGGUCCCGUGUGUGUGUCUGCGCCUGCAUCCAUGUUAGCUGUGACCUCAAGCAGGUUUAAGAGGAGGACCAGCUCCCCGCCCAGCUCUCCGCAGCACAGUCCUGCCCCUCGAGACUUUGGGAAGCCCAGCGAUGGAAAAGCUACGUGGUCAGACUCGGGGCUCACUCCCAAGAAACCCAAGUUAGAAAGUCGCAGCGACUCACCUGCCUGGAGUCUGCCUGGGAGAGAGGAGAGAGAAAGUGGGAGCCCUCCUUCCUUCGAUGAGUACAAAUUAUCCAAAGACUGGGUGGCUAGUUCUACCUUUAGCAAUGUGUGCAACCAGCAACCCCUGGAUUUAUCCAGUGGAGUCAAACAGAAGGCUGAGGGGACUGGCAAGACUCCCGUCCAGUGGGAGUCUGUGUUAGACCUCAGCGUGCAUAAAAAGCCUUGCAGUGACUCUGAAGGCAAGGAAUUCAAGGAAAACCAUGCAGCUCAGCCAACCUGUAGUGCUGUAAAGAAAAAGAAACCAACCACCUGCAUGCUGCAAAAGGUUCUUCUCAAUGAAUAUAAUGGUAUAGACUUACCUGUAGAGAGUACUCCUGAUGUGAAUAGGAGCCCAAGCCCUUGUAAAUCCCUAGAAGCCCAGCCAGAUCCCAACCUCGGGUCUGACUCUCACCUCUCCACCCCUGCUGCUGAAUUGCCCCCUGAAGUGUGCCCCUCAUCCCCCACCCUACAGAUGCCUUCCCAGCCCUCCAGUCAGCUGCCUCCUCUCCUGAUCCCCACCGAUCCCCCUUCUCCCCUGGCAUGUCCUCCUGUGCUAACGGUUGCUACUCCACCCCCACCCCUCCUUCCAACUGUCCCUCUUCCUGCCCCAUCUUCCAGUGCAUCUCCUCACCGAUGUUCCUCUCCACUCUCCAAUGCAACUGCACAGUCUCCACUUCCAAUUCUUUCCCCAACAGUGUCACCCUCGCCUUCUCCUGCACCUCCCGGGGAGUCACUCUUGCCAGCUGCUUCACCUGGGCCUCCAACGCUUUCUUCUUCAUCUUCCUCAUCCUCCUCUUCAUUCUCUUCCUCCUCCUCUUCUUCAUCCCCAUCGCCACCCCCUCUCUCAGCCGUGUCAUCUGUGGUGUCCUCCGGCGAUAACCUGGAGGCUUCUCUCCCUGCAAUGACAUUUAAACAAGAGGAAGUAGAGACCGAAAGCCCGAAGCCCAGGGAGGAGCCCCAGUCUGCAGUUGGGCAGGAUAUUGUUCAGGAAACGUUCAACAAAAACUUCAUCUGCAAUGUCUGCGAAUCCCCUUUCCUUUCCAUUAAAGAUCUAAGCAAGCAUUUGUCUGUCCAUGCUGAGGAGUGGCCCUUCAAGUGUGAAUUCUGCGUGCAGCUUUUCAGGGAUAAGUCAGAUUUGUCAGAACAUCGACUCUUGCUGCAUGGAGUUGGAAAUAUUUUUGUGUGUUCCGUUUGUAAAAAAGAAUUUGCUUUCUUGUGCAAUUUGCAGCAGCACCAGCGAGAUCUGCACCCUGAUGAGGUGUGUACACACCAUGAGUUCGAAAGCGGGACCCUGAGGCCCCAGAACUUCACGGACCCCAGCAAGGCCCAGAUGGAGCACAUGCCGGGCCUGCCAGAAGAUCCUUUGGAAACCUCCAAAGAAGAGGAAGACCUGAACGAUUCCUCUGAAGAGCUUUAUACCACCAUAAAGAUAAUGGCCUCUGGAAUAAAGACGAAAGAUCCCGAUGUCCGAUUGGGUCUCAAUCAGCAUUACCCGAGCUUUAAGCCACCUCCGUUUCAGUACCACCACCGCAACCCCAUGGGUAUUGGGGUGACGGCCACGAAUUUCACUACCCACAAUAUUCCACAGACUUUCACCACUGCCAUUCGCUGCACGAAAUGUGGAAAAGGUGUUGACAACAUGCCUGAGUUGCACAAACACAUCCUGGCGUGUGCUUCUGCGAGUGACAAGAAGAGGUACACCCCUAAGAAAAAUCCAGUACCACUGAAGCAAACUGUACAACCCAAAAACGGAGUGGUGGUUUUGGACAGUUCGGGGAAAAAUGCCUUCAGGCGAAUGGGACAGCCCAAAAGGCUGAACUUUAGUGUUGAGCUCAGCAAAAUGUCACCAAAUAAGCUCAAGUUGAAUGCAUUGAAGAAAAAAAAUCAGCUUGUACAGAAAGCAAUCCUUCAAAAAAACAAAUCUGCCAAGCAGAAGGCCGACCUGAAGAACACGUCCGAGGCGUCUUCUCACAUCUGCCCGUACUGUAACAGGGAGUUCACUUACAUCGGAAGCCUGAACAAGCACGCUGCUUUUAGCUGUCCCAAAAAGCCCCUUUCUCCUUCCAAAAAAAAAGUUUCUCAUUCAGCCAAGAAAGGUGGACACCCGUCACCCGCAGGUGGUGACAGGAAUAGUAACAACCACCGCAGACGGACAGCGGACGCGGAGAUUAAGAUGCAGGGCUCGCAGGCGCCUUUGGGUAAGACCAGGGCUCGCAGCUCGGGCCCCGCGCCGGCCCCGCUCCCCACCUCGUCCUUCAGGUCCAAGCAGAACGUCAGAUUCGCAGCUUCCGUCAAGUCCAAGAAACCCAGCUCGUCCUCCCUGAGGAACUCCAGCCCCAUCCGAGUGGCCAGAGUGGCGCACGUGGAGGGGAAGAAGCCCAAAGCCGUGGCCAAGAGUCAUUCUGCUCAGCUCACUGGCAAGCCGUCCCGGAGCCUGCACGUGCGGGUGCAGAAAAGCAAAGCGGUUUUACAAAGCAAGUCUGCUCUGGCGAGCAAGAAAAGAACAGACCGGUUCAGUGUAAAAUCUAGAGAACGGAGUGGGGGCCCGGUCACCCGGAGCUUUCAGCUGGCAGCUGCUGCAGACCCAAGUGAAAGCAGGAGAGAGGACAGCAGUGCGAAGCAGGAGCUGAAGGACUUCAGCUACAGCCUCCGCCUGGCAUCCCGAUGCCCUCCGCCAUCCGCCCCGUACAUCACCAGGCAGUGCAGGAAGGCCAAGGCCCCGGCUGCAGCCCCGUACCAGGGACCCUUCCUCAAGGAGUAGACACUGCGCCUGCUCCCUGACAGCACCUGAAGUGACCUGGAAUCAGUAAAGCCAAAGGGACUGGCAGGCUGCCCUGCAGGGAGCACCGACCCAUCCCAGCUGCGUGAGCCCUCCAGAGAAAGGGAACGUGUGCGUGCGUGCGUGUGUGUGUGCGCACACGUGUGCAUGUGCGUGUGCAUCCGUGCAUGCAGGUGCAUGCCCAUGGUCUCCAGACACAGGCCCCGAACCCCGGAAAGCAGGAAGGUGUUACUCCAUCGUGUCCUCUGGGAAGACCCUCAGGGACAGCCCUAGGGCUGCGCUCCGCAGCUCAGCCUUCCUGCCUGGGUGGGGCCUCUCCUACUAUGCAAUUUUUCAAAAGCUCCUGGACCCUGCUUUCAGCUUCCUGGAUUGUCAUUUGCUGUUGCAGGGGCUUUGAUCUGGUCCCGAGGCUCUGCUUCAGUCCCAUCUGAGGAAGGCCUUCAGGGAGAGGUCACGUUUCCCUUCAGCACAUCCUUGCCCCACCACUGCCCCUCUCCCUUCACAUCUCUGGGGAUCAAUAAUGAGUACACCCACUGGGGUCAAGCCUGCACCCUUGGCCUCUAUGCUUGAAAACCCCCUUUCCUGCCUGUGCAAUUUGAAUUUCUGGCUCCUAUUUCCAGGUUUCUAGUCACAUUGCUCUUGAGUCUUUGCAGAGAACCCUGAAAGCAGGUGCAUCCAGGGCAAAGUCUGUCCCCAUCUGCAGAGGCGGCCCCUCCACUAGGACCAAUAAGCCACAGGGAAGGCGCAUGGGAAAGGGGACUCCUGGGGCCUCUGGCCUUGCUUGGUGGGACCAUCAACACCUUAGCUUCUGAGCUUCUCCAGUUAGCUGCAAAGGAAAACAAACCAACAAGUCCCCAAAUAGGAAUUGGAAACAAAUGGAAGGAUUAAAAGCACAGGGAGAGGAAGUAGAGAUUUCCAGAGGCCAUAAUUGCUUGCCAGGGAACUGUGGGGCUGACCCUUGCUCUCUGGUGGACUGUCCAUGUCUUGGAGAAACGGGUGACUGAGCUCAGAGUUGGGACUGUUUCAGUGAGGUUCUUGGGUUUUGUGCCUUUGGGGCAGACCCCAGAUGAGGACGCCUGAGGCCACUUUGGUGCUGUUUUCCCAGCUCUGCUCCAGAAAUGAUAAAUGAAACCCAAAGUGGAAGGAGGGGACUUAGGAGAGUCAUCACACGAUAAAGGGAUUUUCUUUUCAGGGCUACUAUGGUUGAUCUUGCAACUCUUGUAAAUAUGUAUGUAGACACUUUUCAAAGCACGUAUUUAUGUCCCUGACUGUAAAUGCCCCAUUUUUAAAGUUUUAUAACAUGUAUUAUUUAAUUAAUUAGUCAAAUGGCUGCAAUAUGGGGUCUGAGAAUAGUCCGAGAAAGGGAUCUUAUGAGAUCCUCACAUGUGCAGAAAAAGGCUGAUCAUUGGCCAGUGUCACAGUUUUCCUAGCCACCACCCAGCUCAACUCUCUCCUUUGUUUUCAUUUCUCAUGAACUGGAAUCCUCUCUCACACUCGCUCCGACAGUUAACCCUCGCAAGCAUGUAGAAGUCGUGGCUCUUCCUUACCUUCAGGACUUGGUUUUGUCCCAUAACUGCUCACAUCCAUAGACUGCACCCCAGCCCUCGUGCUCCGAGGGGCUUCCCUGUCAGCAGCGGGGAAAGCUCACGAACCCAAAGCCUCAGAAGUCACUUCUGCCCCUGGUGAACUGUGGGAGAUGUUUCUGGGGCCUUGGGGGAUACUCUCUUCUGUGUGUGCAAAGGCGCUGGUCACCCUUCCAUUCUCUCGGACUGUGAGGAAAACCGUUCCAAUCAUGAGAAAGAGUGGAGGUCUUCCGGCGUGGGUUUGUAUCACAGAAGAAGAAGGUUUCAUACCUGCCAUGUGAAGAAAACUAAUAAUAAAAGUGCAAAGAACGAUUGUA